UUUUACAUACGUAAAAGAGCGUUGAACAAAAACAAACUCAAAAGCAUUGCCAGUUUAGCAAAAUAAAAAUAAAAUGAAUCAAGAAAGAGUGAAAGUUUUUCUCUUCUUACUCUUGAUUUAUGUUACAGAAGCAAAGAUUGUUACAAUUUGUGAAAACGAGAGCGCGAAAUCAGCGACAUGUAACUCUGGCAAGCUUGCAAUCAACGGAGCAAACUUUGGACGAAAAGAUAGUGACGUAUGCUCAGGAAAUAAACAAACAUGGUUUACUACUUGUAAAAACAACAUCAAGGGGGUAGUACAAGCCAAAUGUCAAGGGAAAAAUACUUGCGAAUUGCGUUAUACAGACCUCCUUAAAAGUUUUAAAGAUGAGUGUCCAUUCGUGACAAAUAAAUAUUUUGAAAUCGAUUAUAGUUGCAACGCUUCAAUACCAAUUACGAAAAAUGAUUCGCCUAAACCGAUAUACAGCAAAGAAAACAAAAUUGAAAUUUGCGACUUUGAUCUCAAGAAAAUGACGUGCGGUGACAGACAAAAAAUUAGCGUUAUGUCAGCAUUUUGGGGAAGCGACACAGAGAAUCCAUGUCGAAGUUAUUGGAAUAAAAAUUUGCCAAACAACAGAGUCUGUUCAAAAGAGAAUAUCUUCGAAGAUCUACAAAGCUUCUGCAAUGGAAAACAAUCCUGUACAAUAUUUGCUCAUUCAUGGUGGAUAGGGGAACCGUGUAAAGAUAUCUCGAAAUACUUUAAAGCUACAUAUGAUUGUAUAGGACUUCUACCGCUAUCUAAAAAAACAUUGAAAGAGCCUCUUACUACUUUGCUAAUGUGUACGGGUGGCACCUUUCCUCAUAUCGUGAAUGCAACAUACGGAAGUGAGGAGUCGAAGUGCACAACAGAUGCUGCUCCAGUGGUGCGGUAUAAAUGCAGAAACACUCCGAUAUGCCCAAUUUAUGCUGACGCUGGUUAUUAUGGAGAUCCCUGUCCAAGAGGAACGAUAAAAUAUUUAUCUAUUUUUUAUUGGUGCGGAGAAAAAGAGGAGGUAAAACCAACUGUUUUCAUCCCACCAGUACCAACUGCCGUCCCUGUGACUCCCAAACAAGCCACCUGCGGCAAGUCGACCGCUAUGCAGUCACGUGCUAUCGGCGGAACAGAUGCAAAACGUGGCGCCUGGCCAUGGCAAGUAGCCGUAUACACUUCAUCUAACACCUUUGUGUGUGGUGGUUCGGUAAUAAGUCCACUUUGGUUGGUGACGGCCGCACAUUGUUUUGAAGAUGACAAACAGUAUUAUUUUGUGAUUGGAGACACAGACAGAUCUAAAAUUGAAGGCAGUGAAUUCAAGUUUACACCAGCCAGGAUUAUAAAACAUCCGCAAUAUGGAUCUUCAAAUACAAGAAAGAAUGAUAAUGAUAUAGCUUUGGUCAAACUUACCAAGCCAAUUUUAUUUGGGCCGUAUAUAGCCCCGGUGUGUUUACCAACGCAAGAUGUUGAAGUUAAUGCGGGCACGAAAUGUUUUGUUACAGGCUGGGGACAAACAUCUUUUGUUAAGCCUUCAGCUAUUAAGUUGCAACAGGUUCAAAUGACAACUGUUACUGCAGACAGUUGCAAACAAAAACUCGCUACAGCACCAGGUACAAGGUCGAACGAGAUUACCCCUGAAAUGUUAUGUGCGGAUGGAAAUUAUAAUGAAACAGCAUGCCACGGUGAUAGUGGUGGGCCGUUUGUCUGCGAGAGAGGAGGAUCAUGGGUAUUGCAAGGCAUAGUUAGUUUUGGAUCAACAAGAUGCGCGGUGCAGGAUAUGUAUCUUGUUCUGACAAAAGUGUCAAAAUUUAUCUCUUGGAUUAAUAGUGCAAUGAAGAGUUAUUAGACGUCUUUACACAGCGCUUAAAGUAAGAUCUUACAGGUAACCGUGCAUUGCAAUAAUUACAUAUUGAAAUUUCUUUCCAUCAUAGAGCUUUUAGGCGGAAAUUGAUGUGCUUGGAAUGACAACGUCAUAACAAAAACAUUUUUAUCAGCUUUAUCUGUCAGCACACAUAUUACAACGUAGAAACCUAUACACAUGUAUAUAAUUUUAUAUUUUAUAAAUUUCCUAUCAGUAGAAAGAUACAUUUAUAUCUCGUUUC